AUGAGGCGAUUCCCAACAGUUGAGUUCCGUGCCAAAUCCUUGGCUGGAACUCAGUAUGUGGCUGUUCCGGAGGACUGCAUCAUACCCCAGCUUCUGCUGAUAGAGUUGGGCCUGGUGGAUGCUGACAAACCUUACGUCGAAGUACGGGACGACUGUGCCCGUCAGCACCGCUCACCGGCUGUGGAGCUCCGUCUGGAUGGCCCGGGUGGGAGAACCCUCUGGCCCGUGCUCACAGUCACUCAGGGAGUGUUAAUCCUAGCCUGCCUUCCUCUAGUGGAAGCACCUCCUGAGCCUCGGCCACCUCUCCCCAGCCUGGCCUCAGUCUCUAAGGGCUUAGCUCUUUUGUUAGGCCUGCAGGAUUUCCUUUGUGGCCCUGGAGGUAAACCAGAGCCUGAUGUGCUGGCCUCCCGUUUGGCUGCUCUUCCCUCCGUGCUCCUGCAGGUUUGCCCUUUGGGGAGGCCACUGGACACCCCUCCUCCUGCUGGAUCAGUGCCUGCUGCUGUGGCUCCAAGCCCAGGGGGGGCUCAAAAGCAGCCAGCCUGGAAGGCAGGGGUCCAUCGAGGCAGGGCUGUAGUAAGUGUGGCCCUUACCGAGAAGGUGAGGUCCAUGCAGUACGGCAAGAGUAGUCAACAAGAUAUCUGGGAUGUGUACGGCAUGGUCAUGUGCAAAUGUGAGGUUGAAGGUGUUCUGCCCAAUGUGAUCGUCACCCUCACACUCCCACACAACGGUUCGCCCCUGCAGGACAUUCUUGUCCAUCCCUGUGUGACGUCUCUGGAUGCAAGCCUUCUUACCGCCUGCAGUGUGGACGAGAAUGACAGUUCCGCCUUUUCAGGGCCAUACAAGUUCCCUUUCUCACCACCUCUGGAGCUUUUCAGACUCUGUAGUUACACCUCACAGGUACCUGUGCCACCAAUUCUUGGCUCCUUCAAGCUGAAAGCAGAGGAGAAUCAUUUGAAGGUCAAUGUCGUCUUGAAGCUCCAUGAAAGUGUCAAAAACAGCUUUGAGUACUGCGACGCACACAUUCCAUUUUUCAACCAGAAUCUAAUGGGAAGUGUGGAGGUCAAAGUGAGCUCAGGACAGCUUGAGGUGUCUAAAGAGAAGAACCUACUGGUUUGGGUCCUUGGUCAGAAGUUUCCAAAGUCCCGUGAAGCAACACUGGAGGGAACUGUUCAUUUUUCAGGGACUGUUGCUGGACCGACAGACCCUCUGUGCACAGGACUCACCGCAUAUAUAAAACUUUAUUUCCGUGUGCCAGAUUUGACUUUGUCUGGUUGCUGUGUGGACCAACACUCAGUGCAGGUUUACUCAUCUGCCAAACCACGUAUUGUCACAACACGAGAGCUGGUCUCCUCCGAAUAUUACAUUUGGAACUCCACAGGUGACGCCCCGGUGUCCUCUGGACUCAUGGUGCUGUGACAGCAUCUCAUUGAUGCACACCGACCUUAAUAAAUCAUUGUAGAUAUUAAACAAAGAUCAGGCACUAAAUUAUAUUCUGUACGGAAAUGUUGCCUCUGACAAAUGUUGCUUUCAGUGUUAACUUACAUUUACAGUGUGACUAUCAUAUACAGUAUGGUUUUUCCUAAUCUGUCAAAAUAUGAAAUACUCAGCGUCUCACAGAAUGUGUCUUUUGUGUGAAUAUGACUCCUUUAUUUAGCUGAAAAUG